UUUAAGCUGUUUUAAAUAUUUAAUUACAUUAAUAUAUUUAAUUAUAUUAAUUUUGUUGUAUAAAUCUUGAAGCAUGUAAAUGAGGACAUGACUGUUUCAUAUAUACUUGUCUAUAAAAAUAUAUAAAAUUAUUGAAAAACUCAGACGAUAUAUUUUAUAAAAUGUUGAUGCUUCUGUGUACAAUAAUUUGUGAAUCAUGAUGCUGAGAAAAGUGUUUUGUCCUUUAACUAAACUUCCAUUAACACAGAUCUAUAAACACUGUUGUUUUAAUAUACUCGGAUCUAAAAUGAGCAGCAAAAACUCCAAAACUGAUAGCUCAGACUUAAUCUUUUCUGAGGAAGAUAAAGAGAAAAUACUCAAUAUUAUAAAUCGCAAAAGUAAAGAAGAUCUGUUACAGUAUUCUAUCACUGAGAAACGUGUAAAGAAUUUAGAAUUAUAUCGCACAGACAAUGGACCUUACGUUUCGCUAGAGGAUCUACUGAAAGUGAAAGGUAUGAACAACAAAUGUUUAUACAAGUUUUACAAAUCGAUUAUAAGUGGCAAGAAGAAAGGUUUGAAAAAAAUUAAAAAGGGUUUGGUGUUAACGCCACAAACGACCUGGGAUGACCAGAAGGACGUCAAUACAGUAUUGGGUAUUUACGUAGGACAGGACAUGGUCAGCUGGGCACUGUUGAAUCGCGAUUGCAAAGUGUUACAGUGGAGUUUCAAAUCCUUUCCCGAAAAUGAAUCGAGAAAGAAUAUUCAUUCUUUACUUCAAAUGACAAUACCGAUUGCAGCUACUUUACCGAAAGCUGAUCGAUAUAUAAUGCAAGAAAUCACUCGCGGUUAUCUGUUAAGUCGCAAAUCUUAUGACCAUUACGUGCAACACUCUAUAAUAAACGCCAUCAUUAUGUCGUAUCGAGCAACGUUAAGUUAUAAAUUAGACAAUAACAUAGACUUCGUAGCGCAAAAUUGUUUUAUACUUCGGCAGUAUAUUUUACGAAAGAUUUACGGACUUGUACUUGAUAACGAAGUUUUAUCCACACAAUAUAUGAUGCAAAAGUUGCUGCAGGAGAGCGACGGAUUGAUGAAAAAUCAGGAACGGUUGCCGAAUGUGUUAAUAAAUUCAGAUUUAAGAAAUAUGUAUAAUGAACAAAGUCAUGUUUAUAAAGAGCAAAUUGGUUGGUCGUUAUUGAUAGCGCUAGCUUUCAUGGAAUUGAUCGUACAUCAAAGGACCGAUAUGAUGAUUCGCAGCCCUGAGUAAACUAUAAAAUAUGUUCCUAUCAUAAAGCGAAUGAAACAACUGGGACACAAAAGAUGUUGUUACCGGUAAGAUUACUUCAUAAAAAUUAGAAAUAAAUUGAUACGGUAAAUUAACAAUGAAAAAAAAAAUAAGUUUAAUUCAAGUUUUAUUCAACAGGAAAAUAGUCAAUACUCUAAAAAUCUAAUUGCGUCCAACGAUUGUGCGACAUUUGUAUGUGAGAAAAAAAUGAACAUGUAUAAAAAACAAAAUAUGAAAUUAUAGAAAAUAUUUAACAAAACUUGAUGUAAAACUUUUUCCAAUAUCUUUUCGAUCAAGUUAAAGAUUCUGGAAAAAUAUUUCUCGCUUGAUAGCAUAAAUUGAAAAAAUAAUUAUUUUGAUAUUUUUUUUCUUUAAUUGUACGAGGUAUGAUACUAAUUACGGGUACAAAUACGAUUUUGUUUCAUGUAGUCAUUUGAAUAAACGCGUGACAAAAAAGCAUUUAUAUAGAUAUACAAGAAAUAUUAAAAACAAAAAAGAUGUUGAAAGAACUUACAUUCUUUUUCUUUCUGCAAAAUAUUGUUGAAAAAAAUUGACGUUAACAAUCGAUAUUUGUAAUAUGUGUAAAAAUAAUUACAGAUUGGUUUCUAAAUAAACAAUUCCAAGUAUCAUUAAUUCUAAAACAUAAUGGACGAAGAACAAUCGCUGUUUACAAAUAUUGUCAGUUGUUAUAGCAUCUUUGUGUUAUGAUUCUCAGUAUAACAAUAAAUCGACGAGAAACAAAACAAACCGCUAAUUACUAAGCAUUAUAAUAUACCACUGUAAAGCAUUGCAAUAAAUCUUUACAAUUGUCUGAUA